AUGCAAUCCGCUCUCCAAAUCGCCACCUCAGCCCUCCAAAGCAAUGAAGUACCCGUCGGCUGUGUCUUCGUGCACGGCUCACGCAUAAUCGCCAGCGGCCGAAACGACACAAAUCGUUCCCUUUGCGGGACCCGCCAUGCGGAGCUCGUCGCGAUUGACAAGAUCUUGGCUACCCAUCCGCCGUCCAUAUUCAAAGAGACCGACCUAUACGUUACUGUCGAGCCAUGCAUCAUGUGCGCUAGCGCACUCCGCCAGAUCGGUAUCAGGAAGGUCUACUUCGGCUGCUCGAAUGAUAGGUUUGGCGGAUGCGGUGGGGUCUUGAGGGUCCAUGAAGGGGAUGGGAUGGGCGACGGAAGGAAUGGUGGGAAUGGCGGGGGGGGAGGAGGAUAUGAGGUUGUCGGCGGGAUUUAUUCAUCCAGCGCUGUGGUUAAGUUGAGAGAGUUUUAUGUCCAGGAGAAUGGAAGGGCCCCUGUCGCUACUAGCAAGAAGGGGAGGGAGUUGAAAACUGAUAACCUGCCUGUCGAUGUGGACGUUUUGUAA